GCUGCAUCGGAUUUGCACUGUGCCGCUCCCCGACACACCGACCUUGAUUGAAGGGGGUUGCAACUGCGGAGCCAUACGCUACAGAGUCGACAUUCCGGCGGAACAUGAACGUCCCAUCUAUCCUCUAGGAGGCGGACACGUGGACCCUCCGGUGCGAAUGCCGUUCGUCUGCACCGAUCACUGCAACGACUGCAGACGCGCGACGGGUGCGCUCCUGCCUUUCUGGCUCUUGUGCCCGACAGACAUGAUCUCCAUCUCUCUCGUCCAGAAAUCCUCGGAGCUCGAGGACGGGCGGCUGGAUACUUCUCGUGUACCCCGAGGCCCAUGGAUUUCCGCCCUCGACGUCUUUCUUGCCAAAGGCCCCGUCGAAGACACCUAUCUAUCCUUCUUCGCCUCGUCUCCCGACCGCAGACGAAGCUUUUGUCAACGAUGCGGGACGAUGUUUGCAUUCUGUGCAUUCCCGACGCCGGAUUUCAUCAAGUUCCCCAUGCUGGAUCUGCUUCUGGGUACUAUUGACAGGUAUAUUCUUGAAGAGCGAUUUUUGAGUCCGGAGAGACAAUUGCAUUGGCAAACAGGGAUUGAUUGGAUACGAGAGUUCUCAAAAGAUGGCUUGGAGGGCGUACCUGUGUAUUUGACGUCGAAUGUGGCCACAAGCAUGGCUCUUACGAAAUAGGCGAGAUAUGAUCCAGCCCGCAGGAACAAGGAAGCGUCACACAUUAGCUUCUGCGAGUGAAUAGGUUUGUGCGAAUGGAGCAUGCUGUAUGUUCGUCAGAUCAAGCUGGGCUUCUUUUGAGCGCUUACCAUGGUCACGCACUCGACAG